UUUUCAUGGUUUCUUUUAGAUCACAAACCCGCAUUUUACUUUGUUCUUUUGUUUUCUCUUUCCGGAAUUCUAUUCCACAAUCUUUCCAUUCAGCUCUCUCCAGAAAUGUCAAACUGCAAAGUGGAUUAUCCCACUGUUGAAACGCCUGAUAAAGUGAAGCUGAGCGCAAGAGUUUUCAAACCAAAAGAAGAGAUCAAAGACAACAACUUAGUCAUAGUCCUUGUCCAUCCAUACUCGAUCUUGGGUGGUUGUCAAGCUCUUUUGAAAGGGAUUGCUACUGGGUUAGCUCAAAAUGGUUACCGGGCUGUUACUUUUGACAUGAGGGGUGUUGGAAGAUCGACCGGAAGAGCUUCUCUCACAGGUUUUGCUGAGAUCAAGGAUGUCAUUGCUGUCUGCAAUUGGGUUUCUGCAAACCUUUCUUCUGAUAGAAUCUUGUUGGUGGGUUCUUCUGCAGGCAUAUUAUAGACAUUUUUUUGCGAGUAUCUUCGAUUUU